AAAUCCUAAAUUCGUGUUUUCCUUUCCUUGUUUAUCAUUUAUAUGAUUAUUUUUUAAAAGUGACAAUCUCACAAGAAUGACGACCAAGGAGGUAUAUAUUACAGAACUAUUAGAUCACAAUAAAAAUCCGAUGUCAGAGAAGAUUUUUGAGAUUGCUCUCCGAAAAGCUUCUCGCAAAUCAUCAGCUUAUGACGAAUAUACAAUCAAAUUUAGCUAUGUUGAAAAAGUUCAAAAGAAAUUUAUGAUCAAGUUCAAUAAUCAAGAUGUACAAGAAUAUCCACCCGAAAUUUUUCCCCAGGAUGACGAAAAUUUUUUGCCCGACUUGAAUGAAAUGAAAUCUAUUACACAUUGGGAUAAGAACGAUCACUCAGCAUUUGUAGAAUUAUUAUUAGAUCUCUACCGCCAAUAUCAAAAAUAUCAAGUUGAAAAGUUAAAUUCAAAUGAAAGAAUGAGAAGAGAAUACGAACUCUUGAUGAAAAAUAGAUGUAUCGGACCCUCAGAUAUAGAGGUUUUUUGCCAAAAUGAUAAUGGACCCUAUGUAUUUCACAUAAACUUAAAUGUAACAACUUACGUUAAGGCUUUCACGAAGGAUAAAAGUAAUAACCGAUUCACUGCCAAACUAACGGUUACAUUUCGAGGUAGAGAACCUGAGAAAGUACAGCCUGACCUUUUGUUGUCUGAAAACCUUGAAGAUAUUAUCGGCGGAAUACGAAGACUACAGAUACCCCCCUAUUCUAUAAGAACAUCGCUCGCGGACUAUGUUCCUGUAAUUAUAGAAGCCUUGAAAACUACUUUACAAAAUGGUGUUAAUCAGAAGAGAACGAAAAUUGAAUUUUUCCUUCAGUUCAGAGAAAAAUAUAGGGAGAGUCUUAUAGAAAUGAACGAUGAAGUAAUAACUGUACUCCUUACAUGGAAUGAUUUUAUGUUUACAGUUCAAUUAAAAUUACCCUUAUCCUUUCCCGUUGAUUCUCCUGCAUGCUAUUUAAAGUCAAUAUUUCAUCGAAACAAAGACGUUAAAUCGAUCUAUUCGAAAAAAAUUGAACAGUAUCCACAUAGUCCGAGAUGGUCGGCUCAAGAAAUGCUAUCAAGAUUUCAUUCAGCAGUUAUAGAAAAUGUUCCUAGUUUUAAAGAAGAAUCAGUAAAGAGAGGUCAAUUUAUGUGA